AUGUUCAUGUUCAUCCUUGAAUUUGAAUAUUGUGUGUUUCAGUUUAAAGAAAUAAAUAGAGCACAUGCUAUAUUAACAGACUUAACUAAGAGAAAUAUAUAUGAUAAUUAUGGAUCUCUUGGAUUAUAUGUUGCCGAACAAUUUGGUGAAGAAAAUGUCAAUGCGUACUUUGUUGUUACUUCUGGUUGGUGCAAGGCGCUCCUUCUGUUUUGUAGUGUGAUAACUGCAUGUUACUGCUGUUGCUGUUGUUGUUUCUGCUGUAACUUCUGCUGUGGCAAGUUUAAGCCAACACCGCCAGAAGACAGCGGGGUAUACCACAAUUUACAGCGGGACCAGACCCGUGAGGGAGAUGUGGUGACGAAUCAACCGAGAGGCCUAAAUAAGGAAGAAGAAAGCGACGAAGAUGCGAUUACGGCCCAACCGCAGGGCGGUCCACAGAAUAGUUCGACGAACCAGCCAAUUUUCGCUAUGCCACCGCCGGCCGCCAUGGCCGACGAGAAUACAAAUUUGAAUAGCGGCGCUGAGAGAGUUAUUUACACAACUGGUAUUACGAGUACAUAAAUAUUAAUGCAUGUUCUGCGGGUCACCAUUUUUCUUAUGUAGUUUUAGCCAUAUUUACAUAUUCCUCUUGUUUUUGACUUUUCUUUCUUCUGAUCAACUACCGAGUAAAGUGGUGUCGCUCGAUAACGCGCAACAUAACUACGUAAUGUAUUGAUACUGUUAGCUAUUGCUUCGAUUAAUAAUUUAAUGGCUGUGCUGUGCGCACAAUCUUUUAUCCCGUAUCUUUUCGAAUCGUAGGCUUAUUUACAUAAUUUAAAACUGAUUGAGUAAGUUAAGGCUAUAACUAAAUUUUUUUUAUCGCCACAAUUUAUACGCAAUUUUAAGCAAACGUAGAGGAUUGUAUCUUGAGCAAAUUAUUAAUAAAAUUUUUUCAUUGGAUUACAAUACAUCGUAAAUUGAUCAUGCAAAUACACUGAAGUGUUUCAAUAAAAAGAAAAUUUGUUUCGUUGAUGAUGAAAUCGACAUAUUUUGUAUUAAAAUAAAUAUGAGAUUCAAAUUCGGCGGUGUAACAUUUGAAAACAUUAACUUGCUUUAAUAACGUUCCUCAAUUAUUUUAGAAGUUAAUUCAAGUUGCACCAUACAUAUGCACUUUUAUUUGGUAAUAUAUGUAUAGCACAGCAGUAAAUAUCCGCUUUAUUUCAAGAUAACAUUUUAUUUAUGAUACUGUAGUCCUCGAUAGCAUGAAGUAGACACUAGUAAUAGUAGCAGGCCAUGUAAAGAUAUAUAUUCGAACUGUAUGCACAUUACGUGCGACUGUAUAUAUUGAUAAAUGGCUGUAAGUUUAAGAACGAUUAAUGUAAAUAAUUAUUACAUUCUACGUUCCGGAUACGAUAAUUUAGCGUAAGUAGUUGGGCUGCACAUUGUAAACCGCUUGUGUCUCAUAUAUUUUAUGACGUUUAUCCUUGAUCUGGCUUUCCACUUUUUUACGAUUAAGCGAAGCAUUUUGUUAUUUAAGAAACGAAGUUAUUAUAAAUACCACCUGAAAGAGAAAACAUAUACUUACGAAACGUUUGAGUUCAUUGCUAUUCGCUACUUCAUGUAAAUAUAUUGUUUUGUAUUUGUUA